CUUACCGCCGGGUUUCUCAUCAAACCGAUCCAUCUGGACCAUCCAUACUUUCAACCGAGUCACACAAAUCAAUCCAAGCAUUUGCGUCGCCGACUACUUGUCGCCGCCGAAAGGAUGACAAAGAAGAUAUGCAGCUUAGCUUAGGCCGCGUCUUCACUGGUGUAUUUUGCCAGACCAAACUUAUGGGUACAAUUAGUAUCUUUUUAUUUUUUUCUGUAGCUCUGUUGCUUUUCUUAUACCUGCCAAAAUAUUUAUGGGAAGGAGCUUCAGUAGCAGAAUAUUACAUUAGUCAGAUAGAGAUUUGUUCUUUCAUUAUCUGUUGUUUACUGUAUGUAUUUUGUGGAUAUGAAAACUUCUUAUAACAUUUUAUCAAUUAGUAGUGACAUCCAAACUAACAUUUGACACUUUCAAUUAACUUCAAGAAAUUGCAGUUUGACUUUUUUUUUUUGUUUUCUGAUCAAGUCAGCAAGGCACGAUUUUUCUUUUUUCCUGAGGCUAUUUGGUAAACAUGUAUUUCCUCUUUCUCUCCUCCCAUAUAGUCCUUUCUCUUGCAUUGUUUCCUGGCAAAAAAAGUUUCAGGCUUUCAGCUGCUUUCUGUGAGCAAAAUGGGGAACUGUGUAUCACUAGAAAUGUCCAGCGAUGGGAAUGGCAGGCACAUAGAUGAGGCAAACCUCGAGGCUCUUCACAAGGCUAUGCAAGAACUCAAUGAGAGACGAGAUGAUCUGCUAAGAAGAGUUACAAUAGAAGAAGAUAAAGGUUUUCAACGGCUUGGUCAAGUCCAAGGAUGGUUUUCAAAAGUAGAAGGUGUUGAGUCUCAAGUCAAUGAUCUGCUUGAGUCCAGGUCAAAACAAACUAAAAGAUUGUGUCUUUGCGGAUAUUGUUCUCUGCAUUUCAUUUCAGGUUGCAGUUAUGGUAGAAAGGUUUUGAAGAAGUUGAACGAAGUUGAAGGACUUCUAACUAAUGGAGUUUUUGAAGUGUUGACGGAGAGAAGCUUUAAACCUAAGGGAGAGAAGAAGCAUAUCCAAUCACCCAUUGGUUUGACUGAGAGGCUCGAAAUGGUAUACUGCCAACUCCAGUUAUAUUCACGAAGAACUUUUGGUCUUUAUGGUAUUGGUGGAAUAGGCAAGACCACUCUCUUAGCUAGUAUUAACAAUUUCUUUCUUGAGACGGUUAAUGACUUUGAGGUUGUUAUUUGGGUUGUCGUAUCUAAUGAUUUGCAAUAUCUAAGCAUUCAGGAUCAGAUUUUGCGAAGACUAAGUCUUGACAAGGAUUGGGAACAAGACACAGAAGAGGAGAGAGCUUAUAAGAUACACAGCAUCCUGAAGGGUAGGAAGUUUAUGCUGUUAUUGGAUGAUCUAGGGAGCAAAGUAGAGCUGACCAAGGUAGGUGUUCCACCUAUAACUUAUCAAAACGGGUCAGUUAUAUUGUUUACCACUCGUUCUAAGGAAGUUUGCAUAGACAUGGAGGCUGCUGUUGGUAUAGAAGUUAAACGUUUGUCAAUAGCUGAAUCUUGGGAAUUGUUUCAGAAACAACUUGGAGAUAACACUUUAAAUAGCCAUCCGGAUAUACCCGCUCUCGCUAGAGUAGUUGCUGGUAAAUGUAACGGUUUGCCACUUGCACUCAAUGUCAUUGGCAAAACCAUGGCACAAAAAAAGACUGUACAAGAAUGGAGUCAUGCGAUUACUGCUCUGAAUUUGCCUAGCGAAGAGUUUCUUCUAAGUAACGAAGGAGGGGUUCUUCCUCUUUUGAUGGUCAGUUAUGAUAGUUUAGAGAGUGCAAAAGUCAAAUCCUGCUUCCUAUAUUGUUCUUUGUUUCCGGAAGAUUGUGAAAUAGAGAAGAAUGAAUUGAUAGAAUAUUGGUUAUGCGAAGGAUUUAUUGAUGGAGACAGAGAUAAGGAUGGAGCUAACAAGGAAGGUCUUGAUAUAAUUAAUUUGCUAGUUUCUUCACAUCUCUUGAUGAAUGGUGGAGUCACAACCAAAGUGAAAAUGCAUGGUGUGGUGCGUGAGAUGGCUCUUUGGAUAGCGACUAACUUUGGAAAAGAGAAUGAAAUACUUUGCGUUAAAUCCGGCGUGUGGUUACAACAGAUACCUGAGGACAUUAUUAGUUCAAAGGUUGUAAGAAGGAUGUCUUUCAUGAAUAAUCAGAUUGCGGAGAUAUCUUGCAGUCUCGAAUGCCCCGACCUCUCGACCUUAUUACUCCAGAAUAACAAGCUGGUGGAUAUCUCAGGUGAAUUCUUUAGGUUUAUGCCAGCAGUUGUAGUCUUGGAUCUUUCUGAGAACAAGAGGCUUAUUGGAUUGCCGGAAGAAAUUUCAAACUUAGGAUCUUUGCAAUACCUCAACUUGUCACACACAGGGAUAAAAUCAUUACCAGUUGGUCUGAAGGCAUUGAGGAAAUUAAUCUACUUGAAUGUGGAUUAUACUUAUAAACUGCGAAGCAUUGUUGGGAUAGUGAUGAGUUUGCAAAAUCUCCAAGUGUUAAAGUUCUAUAAUUCCGGUAUUUGUAUUGAUGCCAUAUUACUGGAAGAGUUACAACUCUUGGAGCACUUAAAGCUUUUAAAAGCAACGGUCGAUGAUGCUGUGAGUUUGGAGAGGAUACAAGCAGUGGACCGGUUGGCGAGUAGUAUUCAAAGUUUAUGCCUCAGAAAGAUGUCAGCAGCGGUUGUGGUAUUAAACACAGUAGCUCUGCGUGGUCUUCAAAGACUUGUGAUACGGAAUUGCAAAAUACUUGAGAUAAAGAUAGAUUGGGAAAGCAAAGAAAAGAGGGAAGUUUUACCAAGUACAAGUUCUCCAAGCUUCAAGAACCUAUCAAGCAUUUUGAUAAGUGACUUGGAAGGUCCAAGGGAUUUGACAUGGCUGGCAUUUGCUCAAAAUCUUGUGUAUCUACAUGUGAUGAGGUCGUCGAGCAUAGAAGAGAUAAUAAACAAAGAAAAAGGAAUCAGUAUCAGAAGUGCACAUCGACAUUUCGUUGCACCGUUUAGGAAACUGGAGUACCUUACGGUAACUGACAUGGAUGAACUAAAGAUAAUCUGUGGGUAUCCUCGGGCUCCUAGAAAGCUGACAGAGUUCACUGUCCGAAAUUGCCCGAAGCUGCCAAGAGACAAUGGAGAGAGUAGUGGGUGGAUCGGCGAAGAAUGAGAGAAGUAAGCCAGUGGCUCACAGCUAGAAACUACACUAUUCUUCAAGUUUGCAGGAGGAAGUUACUACAGAUGUGUUCUUGUUUCGUUACCUCUCCCUCUCUCUCACUUUCAUUUCUCUUUUGUGUGACUGUAUCCUCUCAGUUAUGAAUUUGGGUUUGUGUUUGUAGUGGCAUUGUUUCAAAGACCUUAUUGUCAAGUGUGCAUUUUGAGACUGUAAUAAUUCCAAUUACUUGUUUUGGCUAAA